GUCUCCAUGUCAUCUGACCAGGACAACUGCCACCUGUGUAAGGAAUACCUCAGGGAUCCCGUGUCCAUCCCAUGUGGCCACAUCUUCUGCUCUGUUUGCCUGAAGACAUACUGGGACCAUGCUGACCACACAGGCUCGUACCUCUGCCCACAGUGCAAGGUUACCUACAACAAGAGGCCCACCCCGAGACGCAUGGGAGGCUCCCGGCUCUCCAGCAUUCAACGUAGUACUGAAUCCUUUCCGCCUCCGCCUCCGUCCCCUGACUACAACUUUGCAGGACCCCAGGAUGUAGGUUGCGACAUCUGCAUUGGAAAGAAACACAAAGCCGUCAAGACCUGCCUGAUGUGUCUGGCGUCCUACUGCGAGAAGCAUCUCAAGCCCCACUAUGAGUCCAACACUUUUAAAAGACACAAGCUGGUGGAUGAAAUCGGCCACCUGGACAGACAGAUCUGUCCCCAGCAUCAGAAGGGUCUGGAGCUGUUCUGUCGCACCGAUGAUAUGUGUAUCUGUGUGCUGUGUACAGUGAAAGAACACAAAGGUCACGACAUGGUGUCUGCUGAGCAGGAGCGGGCAGAUGAGCAGCAACGGCUGGGUGCCACCCAGGCUGAGAUCCAGGAAAAGAUUCAUGACCGACUCAAGCAGAUGGAGGAACUAAAACAAGCAGUGGAUUCACUCAAGAACUCCGCCCACACAGCACUGCAGGAAUGUGAGAAGAUGUUUGCCGACAUGAUGCGCUCCAUUGAGAGGAUGCAGCAAGAGAUGACCAAGCUGAUCUCCUCCAACAAGAGAGCAGCACUCAACAACGCAGAGGGCCACAUGGAGCGUCUGAACCACGAGAUUGCUGAUCUGAAGAGGAGAGACAACGAGAUCACCCAGCUGUCCCGCACCGAGGACCACAUCCACUUCAUCCAGAGCUACCACAUGCUGAUAGCCCAGACCGAGGCUGAGGAGCUGCCCACAGUGAGCGUCAACCCCUACUUCACCUUCGGCCCAGUCACUAAGGCCGUCUCGGAGAUGAAACAGCACCUGAAUGAAUUCAGCAAUGACGAACUGGUUAGGGUAGCCAAGGCGGUUAACAAAAUGACCUUCUGUCAGCUGGAUGAAUCCAAAAAGAGACAGUCCAUAAAAAGCGAGGAAGCUGUAACAAGUUCUAGUGUACAAGUCUACAAGUCCAUCCCAGUCCAGGAACCUCAGCACAGGAACGAUUUCCUGAAAUAUUCUUGCGACCUCACUCUGGACUCAAACACAGCCUACAGACAGCUCUACUUGUCUCGAGGGAACAGGAAAGCUGCACUCAAGAGAGACCCCCAGGCUUACGGUGACCACCCUUCCCGGUUCGACUCCCUGCCCCAGGUCCUGUGUAAGGACGCUCUCUCUGGAGGAGCUUACUACUGGGAGGUUGACUGGAGCGGGGAGGGGGCUGCCAUCGGAGUCACCUACAAAGGCAUCAAGAGGACGGGUUACGGAGACACCUGCCGCAUCGGCUACAACCGCAAGUCCUGGAGCCUCUUCUGCUCCGAUUCCAGCUACUCAGCCCGCCACAGCAAAGACCAGUUAGAGAUCAAAGCCCCCUACUCAUCACGUAUAGGGGUGUUCCUAGACCACGCUGGAGGUACCCUCUCUUUCUACGCUGUAGGGGACACCAUGUCUCUCAUCCACCGCUUCAAGGCCUCCUUUAGCGAGGCCGUCUAUCCAGGCUUCUGGGUUUGGUAUGAGUCAGCCAUCACCAUCAUCCGUCAGUGA